GUAAUAAUAAUAGGCUAAUGAAUAAUAUAAUAAUGAUGAUGAUAUCAUUGAUGACUGUCCACUGGACAGAAUGGUUUUGGAGCUUGUGUAGAUUGUGUGUACUUGUGUACAUUUAAUGGUGGCCUAAAACUAUUGAGUAUCUCUACUAAAUCUGUACAAAAGUGGGAAACUUAUAUCCGGGUUCUUGUUCCUUAUUUGUUUUUUUAUUUAAUUAUUAUUAUUAUUGUUUUGAAUGUCUACUACAUUCAUUCAUAUCCUGUGCAAUCGCUGGCAAUGUGAGUGUAGUUCGAACACGUGACCUAACAAAGCACAGCCCAUUGUUUACUUCCGGAUAGAGAGGCAUGUAUAGGGGGCGUUAGGACCCUGGGGCUUCCCUCCCCGGUCCAUUGACUAGAGUCCCUGAAGCACAUUGGUCUCAGACCGCGCAGACUAGCAAAGUAGGCGGGUAACGGUCCGCUACUUCCGUCACGUAAAAGUUCAUACAUGUUCCUCCUCCAUCCCCUCAGUAACCACCAUCGCGUGUCCAUGACGUCGUGAAGCUAACAAGACGACAUGUCGCUGAGCAGGAGCAUCGAAUUCGAACACUUCGAAGAGCGGGAGAAGCCCCAGCGGACACCCAGGAGCGGCUCGUCGGGGUCUCACUCCGGCUCCAGGGUCCACGGACUGACGGCCAGCCCGGCUCACAGCGCCCACUGCAGCUUCUACCGCACACGGACCCUGCAGUCGCUCACCUCCGAGAAGAGAGCCAGGAAAGUUCGCUUCUACCGCAACGGGGACAAGUACUUUAAAGGUCUGGUCUACGCCGUGUCCGCAGACCGCUUUCGGUCCAUGGACGCCCUGCUGGCGGAGCUCACGCGCUCCUUGUCGGACAACGUCAACCUGCCGCAGGGGGUUCGAACCCUGUACACUCUGGACGGAGGCAGGAAGAUCUGCAGCCUGGACGAGAUAGUGGAGGGCGAGAGUUACGUGUGCGCCUCCAACGAGCCCUUCAGAUGUGUGGACUACAUCAAGAACAUCAACCCCAACUGGUCCGUGGGCAGCAAGACCGGCACGUCACGCUCCCUGUCAUCACUCGUCCCGUCCAAGAGCGAGCAUCGACAUCAUCAUCAUCACCACCAUCAUCAUCACCAGCAGCAGCAACACCAGCAGCAGCAUCAUCGUGAUCCCAAGGACUUCAUCAAACCCAAACUGGUCACCGUCAUCCGCAGCGGCGUCAAACCACGCAAGGCCGUGCGGGUCCUCCUCAACAAGAAGACGGUCCACUCCCUUGAUCAGGUGCUCGCCGACAUCACCGACGCCAUCAAGCUGGACUCUGGAGCUGUCAAGAGGCUUUACACGCUGCAAGGAAAGCAGAUCACGUGCCUCCAAGACUUCUUUGGCAACGACGACGUGUUCAUCGCAUGCGGCCCAGAGAAGUAUCGCUACGCCCAGGAUGACUUUGUGUUGGACCACAGCGGUAAGGCUUCCACAGCCUUUGUGACUGAGUGUAAAGUCCUGAAGUCGUCUUACACUCGCUCUCUUACUCCGAACCGGACGGCCAAGAGUCCUGGACCGUUGCGACGGGGCAAGUCUCCUUCUGCAGUCGGUGGUAACCAUGGCGACCGCCUGUCCUCCAACAUCCUGGACAAGUACGCCGUCGGCAAAGUUAUCGGCGAUGGCAACUUUGCCGUGGUCAGGGAGUGUGUGGAGAGGUCCACGGGGAAAGAGUUUGCCCUGAAGAUCAUGGACAAAGCCAAGUGUAGCGGCAAGGAGCACCUGAUGGAGAACGAGGUGGCCGUGCUGCGUCGCGUGAAGCACCCCAACGUCAUCAUGCUGGUUGAGGAGGUGGACACGCCCACUGAGCGCUGUCUGGUCAUGGAGCUGGUGAAGGGCGGCGACUUGUUUGAUGCCCUCACGUCCUCGGCCAAGUUCACGGAGACGAGCGCCAGCGUCAUGGUGUGCGACUUGGCCGCCGCACUCAAGUACCUCCACGCCAUGAACAUCGUCCACAGAGACAUCAAACCGGAGAACCUGCUGGUGUUUGAGGGUCCUGACGGCGCCAAGUCUCUCAAACUGGGGGACUUCGGUCUUGCUACUGUGGUGGAAGGACCUCUGUUUACCGUGUGCGGGACGCCGACGUACGUGGCGCCUGAAAUCAUAGCGGAAUCUGGCUACGGAGUCAAGGUGGACAUCUGGGCUGCUGGAGUCAUCACGUACAUCCUCCUGUGUGGUUUCCCUCCUUUUAGAAGUGAAAGCAACCAUCAAGAGGAUCUCUUUGACCAGAUUCUACGAGGAAAACUGGACUAUCCGGGUCCUUACUGGGACAACAUCAGUCACUCAGCUAAGGAACUCAUCAGGAAGAUGCUGCAGGUGAACACGGAGGAACGCUACACGGCGAAGGAUGUCCUCGCCCAUCCUUGGCUCACGGAUGACGACAUGACGAAGAAAAACACAAAGGCCGAAGUGACGGGUAAACCGAGAACGCACGGCAACGCGGCGGCGGCGGCGGCGCUCUCCGUUAUCGUGAACACCGCCCCGGAUAAGGAGACCCACCCCCAGAAGUCACCUGACCCUGCCGUCACCCCAAGGAUAUCUGAGGAACCUUCCAACAAAACCACAGAUGCUGCCGCGUCCCCGCCCACACCGAGCACUCUCUGGUCCCCCGUGGACGAAUCCCCCUCGUCCCCGCCCAGCGCUCGCAGUCCCUCACCUCCCGAUACACACCCCCCCAUGAAACAUGUCAUCUUCCUCCCUCUGGCUUUCCCCAACCGACAAACGCCCCCUUCACCGCCGCCCGUGCACCCGGCCCUGUUCCCAUCUCCUCCCUCGACCCCGCCCACAUCUGCGUCCCCACCAUCACCCAUAGAAGAAAGAGUCACCACGGAGCUUCUGGAAGGGGUUUAAGCGGAACCUAUACCCCAAAGAUCUUUUAAACUGGGCACUAAUGGACUAAACCAGACUUUUAUUUCUUUGCUUUAUUGACAAAGAUGGACUCCAGAAUGAACAUGAGCAUCGCGUAUAAGUCUUAUUCCUACUGUAGUAUUAGUAUCAAGAAUACUUUCCGUUUAGUGGAGUCAACACAGCCCAAAAAUACAAUCAUUCAUCCACAAAAUCUGUUUGUGAUGAAAAACACACUGAUAAGUUAUUAAGGAAAAAGUAAACAUAAACAAAUGACGUCUACCUUAUUUAAAUUAAUUACAUUAUAACACUUGUUUGUGAGUGGCACUAAUAUUAAAACCCGCCCCCAUUGACCAUUAACUUCAAUAUUUCUUCACAUACAUGCCUGGGAAAAAUUGAAGAAUAAAAUGAUACAACUUAGGGGGUCUUAAGAACAUGUUAGGGGGGCUAAAGUCCCCCUAAAAUAGGCUACUGAUAGCCUUUUAAAGUCUGAUCUGGAAUUAUUGUAAAUAUUCCACAGGGUGGUGCUAUAACACUCUGCUUUGACAGUGACGUCACUGUUUUGAAUUCUGUGUAUGUGUGUGUGUCAACCAUGACUUGAACAUGUAUAAAAAUUAAAAAACACAGCAGGCUACAAUGAAUUUCUGUGCUAAACAGCUUUUAGGGCAAAGAACAUACAAACAAAUAAAAUGUUU